GACAGGAGGUGGAGGGUUGGGGUUAGUGUGUGUAUUGUGCUUUUCGGUGUUUUUUUUAAGCAUUAACAGGACACACCUGCCUUCCGUGUUCCAGGUUUGGUCUGAAUGUGAUUGACAAGCCCAAAUGUCAUCGCCGGAGAUCGCAGCUCUGUCCUGGGGACAUAUGAAGGUGAAGGGAUGUUCUGCAUCCUAUAAGGACUGCAAAGUAUGGCCCGGAGGCAGCCGUGCCUGGGACUGGAGAGAAACUGGCACCGAUCAUUACCCUGGUGUUCAGCCUACUGACCUGGAGGAAAUUCUGAAGAAAGGGGUGAAUACCUUGGUAAUUGGCCGGGGGAUGAGUGAAGCCUUACAGGUGCCUUCAUCCACCCUGGAGUAUGUCAAGCAGCAGGGUGUGGAUGUGAAGGUCUUUCAGACAGAGAAGGCUGUCAGAGAGUACAACACACUGGCUGGGCAAGGAGUUAAAGUGGGAGGCGUUUUCCACUCAACCUGCUGAGAUGUCAGCCUAGUCAAUUCCAAGGGAAGGCUUUCGUAGAGCUUCUGGCAACAUUGUCAGAGCGUUUGGCUCAGAUGUAGAAUUCGGUUCAAACUGAACAAGGUGUUAAAGUGACUUGUAAAUUAAUAUAAUCUAAAUAGCCCAUACAUUAGACUUUGUUUUCAAUUGCUACAAAUAAAACAUUUUGGAAGGGUUAU